GAGGGGCACUUCACUUCCCGUAAUUACGAGUGGAUACCGAACGUCAUCAGACGAGGGGAGCAGAUCCGAAUUGAAUUUGAACGAUUAAUGCCAUAACGGAGGAGGUAACCAUGGCAACGAGGGGUCAUUCCUCAUGUUCCUCGAUGAGUAACCACACCAAGGAGAGAGUGAACAUGGCUAUGGUGACCCUGGAGAACUUCUACUGUAACCUGAUAGACCAGCAUGAGGAGAGAGAGAUGAGGCAACAGAAGCUAGAGAUGGUGAUGGAGGAGGAGGGGCUGCCUGAUGAAGAGAAGCGUAUUCGGCGCUCCCAGCACGCGCGUAAGGAGACAGAGUUCCUGAGGCUGAAGAGAACCAGGCUGGGAUUGGAUGACUUUGAGUCCCUCAAGGUGAUUGGUCGAGGAGCUUUUGGAGAGGUGCGUCUGGUCCAGAAGAAGGACACAGGUCACAUCUAUGCCAUGAAGAUCCUGCGCAAGGCCGACAUGCUGGAGAAGGAACAGGUGGGCCAUAUCCGGGCUGAGAGGGACAUCCUGGUGCAGGCAGACAGUCUGUGGGUGGUCAAGAUGUUCUACAGCUUCCAGGACAAGAUUAAUCUCUACCUACUCAUGGAGUUCCUACCUGGAGGUGACAUGAUGACGUUGCUGAUGAAGAAGGAUACUCUGUCAGAGGAGGAGACUCAGUUCUAUGUGGCUGAGACGGUCCUGGCCAUAGACUCUAUACACCAGAUGGGCUUCAUACACAGAGACAUCAAACCUGACAAUGUAUUGCUGGACUCUAAGGGCCAUGUGAAGCUGUCAGACUUUGGCCUGUGUACAGGGUUGAAGAAAGCCCAUCGGACAGAGUUCUACAGGAACCUCAACCACAGCAUCUCCAAUGACUUCACAUCUCAGUACAUGAACUCCAAGAGGAAAGCAGAGACCUGGAAGAGGAACAGACGACAGCUGGCAUUCUCCACUGUGGGAACUCCAGACUACAUUGCCCCAGAAGUGUUCAUGCAGACCGGAUACAACAAGCUCUGUGAUUGGUGGAGCCUGGGGGUCAUCAUGUAUGAGAUGUUGAUUGGCUAUCCCCCGUUCUGUUCAGAGACGCCCCAGGAAACCUAUAAGAAAGUGAUGAACUGGAAGGAGACUCUGGUGUUCCCUCCAGAAGUACCUAUCUCAGAGAGGGCCAAGGACCUCAUCCUCAGGUUCUGUUGUGAGGGAGACCAUCGGAUCGGGGCGACAGGAGUGGAGGAGAUCAAGAGAAACCUGUUUUUUGAGGGAGUUGAUUAUGACCACAUCAGGGAGAGACCUGCAGCGAUCCCCAUUGAGAUUAAAAGCAUUGACGACACGUCAAACUUCGAUGAGUUCCCUGAGUCAGACAUCCUUUCACCCACAGCUGCAGCAGCACCCACCAAGUCCCCAGCAGCAGCAGCUGCAGCGGAGGCUGACUAUAAGAAUAAGGACUGGGUCUUUAUCAACUACACCUACAAGCGCUUUGAGGGCCUGACAGCCAGGGGAGCCAUCCCUUCCUACAUGAAGGGAAGUAAGAGAUGAACUGUGACCCUAUAACUUGCGCUGCAAUGGCCCCCUGAACCCCUCACCUCCCCACAACACCCAGAUGUCUUCACUUCACUGUUCUAUUUCAUAUUACCACAAAUAUGAAAAAAGUAAAAUAUCAGUUUAUUUCGACCGUUCAGUUAAGCUGUGUUUAUGGGGUAAGUAUAUUCCCUGCUGGCCUCCUGAACCAGGAUUCAUUAUACCCAGUGAAUAAAUGGUUGUGACCACUGUUUGGCCUUUCUGCGAAUGUAAAACUUGAUCUUAGAAACCGGGAUAGCAGCUUUGAUUGAGUAGGACCCAAUGUCUCAAAGCUGAAGCCUAGCUCUAACUUUCCCAGCAGCACUGAACAGCCUUAGAGCUGCCCCCUUUGUGCCCCUCCAGAACCUUCUCCCCAUUCCUCUCCUCAACCAGUCAUACUGUUCAUAGGAAAACGUCUCUACUGUUCUCUGGGAGCUGGCAGGUUCCCAGUAGUCUGUAUCACUUCCCCUGUGAUGUCAUCAGAUCACUGCUUGCCUUCAAGGGAGGAGUUAGAGGAUUGCUAUUUUUAGGGUUCUAUUUUGGGGAUUUUUGUGAUGUCACCAGUUAGUGAGUGAGAAUUUUCAACAAAGGACAGAAAAUUCCAUCGUGGUCUUGCUACUCCUCUAGAAAUAUAAGCAAGAACCACUUCUCCUUUACUGCUUUUGUUGUGCCCAGUUAUCUAUCUUCUGUAAUUUUGUAUAAUACAGACAUUUUCAAUACGUUUGAUUCUUAAUGCUGUUGGAUUGAAAUAGUAUUAGUUUUCAGGGAUAUAACUAAUGCUGCUUGUGUGUGUGUAUGUUGAGCUGUCUGAAUGACACUGCCUUGAAACAAGUUAACAUGUCUAUUUCUGUGCCUUACCCAAAGAACUACAGGAGCUGUACAUUAGUUUAACAUUUGAAUCCCCCCCUUUUUAAUGUCAAGUUGUUUCUAUGCAUGAUGGAAAGAUCUGGAAGUCACUCUCACAACUUACUUACUUGAUUUUUUUUACAGCUUGUCUUUCUAAAGCUGGUAUUUAAAGAAAGGAUUCUUAUUUUAGUCUUCAGUUAUUUUCCAUGUAGUAUUUUGAACUCCCAGAGGUACCACUGCUUUAUGAAUAACGCUGGUUAUUCAGGAAUUUCGUGUACAUUUUAAAACUUCCCUAAAUAUGGAAUUUCAACUUUCACAUAUCUGUGUUUUAUAGCACUUUCAGGUGUGUGUGUGUGUGUGUGUGUGUGUGUGUGUGUGUGUGUGUGUGUGUGUGUGUGUGUGUGUGUGUGUGUGUGUGUGUGUGUGUGUGUGUGUGUAAACUUGGUCUCACUUUACUGGAGUAACUACAGGAGACGUUACUAGAGUAACUAGUAAAUAAUCUAGUUACUAUGCCAUCUGGAUGUAGUACAGCUAUGGAACACUAACCAUUUGUUCUAAGUCUUAGAAUUUUCAAGAGAAUACAAUGCUAAGUGCUAUGUAACUUCUUAUACUUAAAGGUUAUUACAAAAGAUAAUUCCCAUAUAGUUACCCAGAAAUAAUACCUUUGUAAAGUGUUGCUAGAAUUAUUUUUCUUUCCAGAUGGACGACUGAAUGACGUUGAAGUGUAGUUUUCCACUCAUUCUAGUUUUCACUCGAGUGCUUUAAGGUGUUUUUGUUGCUGGAGAAGUAAGCCCUGAGCAGCUGCUUAGAAUGAUAGACACACAGGCUGCGUUUACACAGGCAGUGCAAUUCUGGUAUUUUCUUCCACUAAUUGGUCUUUUGACCAAUUAAAUCAGCUCUGAAAUUGAUUUGAUGUGAAAAGAAUCUGAUGUGAUUGGUCUAAAGACCAAUACGUGGAAUAAAGAUACCGAUUGGGCUGCCUUUGUAAACACAGCCUUACUACUGUAGUGCUGUUUGAAAAGGUACACAUGACAAACAGGCGGUACAAUACUUUCCAUUAUGUCUGCUGAUGUGUUUAACAGAUGUUAUAUUGUGCUUCACACCAGCUGUUCCAUUUUAACAGAACAAAUAUCCAUAUGCAAAUGACUACAUGUAUAAACCACAAUCAUUUCUCUCUGCUGGAUGACACAUACAGUAUACUAUGCAUAGAUGUGAGUGUGUGUCUUUUUGAAUACUUCUGUGUGUUUUGAAUGUUUUCAGCUCAACCACAUUUCUCUGCAAAGAAAAAAGCUUUAAAUGCUAAAAUGAUUUCAUCAUUUAAUAAAAGUUUCUUACAACUCUGUG